AUGGCUACUUCUCACUUCUGGGCCAUCAUAAUGAACCAGAUGUGCAUCUGUGGUUUCAAUGGCAUGUUGGAGAAGAUGACGACCGUGGUAGCAUGCAAGGCAGACAUGGAGGUAUCACGGGAGGUGAGCACCGAGGAAGGCCAAGCCUUUGCCGAGUUCUAUGGAGCCAAGUUUAUUGAAACAUCGUCCAAGACGGGCCUCAACGUGGAGCGAGCUUUUGAGACAAUUGCACGCGACAUCUAUGCCAAGGUGGAGUCGGGCGAGUUUCAGCUUGAGGAUGGCUGGGAUGGUGUCAAAAUGGGCUUUUUACGGCCUGGACUGCCUGGAUGCUACAUUGACUUGCUAGAAGCCAAACCAGAAUCCCCAAGCUGCUGCUAG